AACAAAGUGCCAUCUGCACGUUAUUUCAGUAUUUAAAAGAGUACAGAUGUAGUGUAGAGGUAGUUUGUGAGUGGAAAUUGUUGGCCAGGCCAGUGAAAAGAUAGAAAAUAAGAACUACAGAAUCUAAUUGGCAUUUUUAAAAUGCGAGUCAUCAGCUUGCUGAUUGGUAUAUUGCUGUUGCUAUGUAACGCACGUGCUGAGUGCCCCCAUGAGCGUUUAGGUCUGCUUAGAUGGUCAGAUGAUGCCACUUGGGGGUCAGAUGGAAAACCUAUAGCUGGAGAAAAUGUUGACAUUUCUCAGAAAAUAUUACUGGAUACUUCGCCGCCAUCUUUGUCUAAUAUUACAAUCCUGCCUAACGGAAGUUUGAUUUUUGACCCGGAAGAACAACUGGAGUUGCGCGCAGCGAAUAUUUUUGUUGAGGGAACAAUGGAGAUUGGAAGUGAAGACUGUCCUUAUGAAGGGCAUUUGACGAUAACUCUCACAGGAAAUCGUGAAGAACAUCUUUUUGAGAAGAAUGGCAAAGCGAUUUUAGUAAAAUCAGGUGGUACAUUAGAAAUACACGGCAAACCUCGUCUGUCAUGGACUAAAAUCAGCAAGACCUUAGUGCUCCCACAGGACAACGGAGAUAUUUUCUUUGAGCACAAGAACACGGAAGAAUACUCCAGUUUUAAUGGAGUGGGAAUUGUAGCAUAUACGGUAAAGGUGAUUGGUACUGAGGUAACCGUCAAGCAGUUCGGUCUUUACGACAUCAGGUCUGAAAGCGAGGCUCUAGCUGCACAUAUCAAUAGCGUUGAAACUGAUGAUGUUUUAAUGAUGGCGGGACAGAGGAAAAUCCCGACAAAAACAGACGGCACCCAGAACGAGGCUGCAUAUGAAGCUCUUGAAGCACUUGUAAAUGGGGAGGUCACCGGAACAGCUAUUUUACGAUCCGUUGCACCAGAUGGCGCCACAUGGGCAUUUGUCUACAAGAAAGGUGCCCCUGACAGUUAUGACGAAAAAACCAAUGUAUUUGGAACGUCCUCCACUGCACAGUAUUUUGAAAGCAAUGAUUUGAUAUUCACAGUCGACUCUAUUGGAGCCUCGUCCAUAUUUAGCCAAACGGUCAACUUUCGUGUAAUGAAUAUAAACGCAGUUCAUCAAAUGGUGGACGUCAUUGAUGACGUAACAACAUGGCAUCCAGGUGACAGAGUAAUGAUAGCGUCCACUGACUAUGACUGGCAGCAAGCGGAGGAACGUGAAAUUGUUUUCUGUCCUGAAUGUAACAACUUUCAGAUUCGGAUAAACGAGCCCGUCAACUUUGUACAUUAUGGUAAGGUACUGCACAACGCCAUCGACAUGCGCGCCGAAAUUGCCCUCAUUAACCGAAAAGUAGUAAUUCGUGCUGAAAUGGAACCAACUUGCAUUGAAAUCAACGGUAAUUGUGGAGAAGUCGAUGACAAAGAUACAUUUGGAGGACAUGUUAAGGCAUUAUAUGGUUUCAAAGAUGUCCACAUAGAAAAUAUUGAACUUUACAAUAUGGGACAACAGACAGAUCUAGGACGUUAUCCUAUUCAUUUUCACAUGUGUCUUGGAAGAGAGUCUGAGCAAUCCCAGCCAUUUGUCAAAGGUUGUUCUAUACACGACACAUUUGCACGAUGCAUCACCGUCCAUGGAACACACGGUGUUCUGGUUGCAGACAAUGUGUGUAUCAACCAUAUAGGCCAUGGUUAUUUCCUAGAAGACGGUGGUGAAAUGAACAAUACAUUUGAUGGUAACUUAGCAAUGAAUACAAGAAAAGGCACGGGCUCUCUUGAGCCGGUUGAUUUGAGCCGCCCAGCUGGUUUCUGGUUUACGAAUCCGAACAACUAUUUUCGAAAUAACCAUGCAGCCGGCGGAGAAGGAAAUGGGAUAUGGAUAAUAUUUCCAGACGAACCUUUACCACCUUCCAGACAAUUUAAUCUCAUGGGUUAUAGGGAAGCCACAAGGACUAAUUUACUGGAGUUCACCAACAAUGUCGCACAUUCACAAGCACAAAUGGGAAUAAUGAUUGGAAAUAGACUUGAAGACAAUCGGGAUUCGCGCUGUUGUAACAUAUGGCAACCACUUGCCGACCCAAAAGAUGAGUCUUCAGAUCCAGUCUUUGCUAAUAUUGAGUAUUUAACAGGGUAUAAGAACAAACAAUUCAACAUUUGGAUUGAAGGUGGUACCGUGAAUGUUUCCAAAAUAUCAGUUGCCGACAGUACUAACGGAAUUAUGGUGACAAAUGAAGGGCAACAAGACAAACUAACUGGGCGAUUAAGUUACGCAGUUGUAAUUGGUGAUAGUGAAAAUGUCGGUGUGCCUGACGACGUUAUUGGCAGAAGUUUACCCUUCCCCGGAAAUAGUGAAGAACCUCAUUCUGGAAUAACAAUGUGGAAAGGACCAACCCAGUUUAGCAAUAUAUGGUUUGACGGUUUCCAUCCUAACAACUAUUACGACAUUGCCGCCAUUGCUAAGAAACGGAAGUCGCCCUACUUUUUCUCAGUGACAACCUCGUUCAAGAAUUUGUCGUUUGCUUUUGAUGACGCUGCGGAAGUAGGAACGUAUGCAAUUUCCGGUACAAAGACCGAUCCAGGUUGGGAGAAAAAUAAAGAUGGCGAAUUGGUAUCGGGUUUCACCUGGUACAGAAAUACAACAAACGGUGUCGAAAAAUGGUAUGUUGUGAAACCAGAUGCAUUCUCGGCUGCGGCAUCAGACUGCGUUCUUCGGCCACAUUGGAGAUUGGCUUUGUCUAAGAAAAAAUACGGAAAUCUCCGAGUCCACCACAAAUCUUUUGAUGUAAAUUCCCGCGGAAUAUUUGUACGAGACGAUUACCCUGGUGCCCAGCUCAAGUUCAUGUUUGAAAAGAAGACCGGGCCACAGGUUGUCAUUGAUGGUAGUAGAACAUACACGUUUCAUAUAACUGGAAUUGUUCCAGACUGGUUGAAAUUUACAGCUGAGGGAAUUGAAAUGGGUGAUAUUUUACGAUUCGGAGUGUGUAUUCCAAGCGGUGCAACCUGGACUAUAGAAAGCCCGUUCCCAGACCUCUUAAAAACAGUUGACGAUUUUUUAGAAGUCGGCUCUCUUUCUGAACUUGAUUUGUCAGAUCCAGUAAAUGAUGGAAAGAAAUAUUUCUACAACAGCACUACAAGAAUGCUGUACUAUAAGUUCGUUGGAUUUAUUAACCGAUCAGAAGAUGAACUAGAUGAAUGUGGAGGCGGGAGAUGUCCUGAGUUGAGGCUCAUCCUGUCUGGUGACCUCAGUGGCGGUGGAGAUUGUAGGCAAACACUUUAUGGCUCAAGACUGUCCGAUCUUCCUCCUGCCUUACCAACCUACACAGAUGUUAUCCCGGCUUCUGGUUACCAGGUCCCCCCUGAGGGAUACGGGGCUGGUUCAGCACGACCUUUUAAUAGCCGAUCUCCUGUUAAUGGGGGUUAUGGGCCUUGGACAGACUGGUCGGAAUGUUCAGCUUCAUGUGAUAGUGGCGUUCAGUAUAAAACAAGGGAGUGCAACAGCCCCUUGCCAGAACAUGGUGGAAACCCGUGUAGUGGUGAUCGUAUAAUGUCUCGGACUUGUCAAAUCCGACCAUGUGACAUAGAUGGAGAGUUCACUGAAUGGAGCCAGUGGGAGGUAUGUACCGCCAUCACCCAGGAUUACUGCGCGGGCAAGACGUUCAGGAGGAGACACUGUUCUAAUACCAAACCAAUGUAUGACGGAACAUUCUGUGAAGGAAGUACAAAAGAAGUGAAGCCGUGCGAUGUUUGCUAAGCAGCUACAUUUAAUUUUAUCAAUUUACCCUACAAAUGAAUUUGGAAAAAAUUGAAAUGUUUAUAUACUUUGAAAAGGUGUCAAUUAAAACCGAUUGAGAAG